CAAGAUACAUGUUACACUUUUUUAAUUAGUUUUUUGAGACAACAUACAAGAUACAUGUUAACUAACCAUAUUUUUAACCAGUGAUUUCGAACCGAAUAUCGAGUAAUUUUUUAUAAUAUUUAAAAUAAUCGAUCGACUCCGAAAAUACAUACGAUAGAUAUAUUCUCACGGGUAGGAACUGAUUCUGAUAAGCAUUCAAUGAAUUUUCUCCCUCUUAUAUAUAGCUCAUGCAACCCUAACUAUAAAAAGGCUCAUCACUUACCAAACUCAUAUUCCAUCUUUUUCUCUUCGUUUUUUUUUUCGAUUUUAUUUUACAUUUAAUUUCAUAAAAAAAAGUAAAUUAUAACAUAUAUUUAUUACUCAUUUCAAGGUUAAUUUCUGCAAUGGGAAAAAAUGUAGUGCACAAGCCAUUCUUCAACAUUUUAUUCCAAUUCUUGAUUAUUAUUAUUAUUAUACUAGUAGUAAGUGAGUCAAGGUUCUGUUUGGCUGAACCAAAAGAUACAGUACCAGCAAACUUUGUUUUUGGAGAUUCAUUAGUUGAUGCAGGGAACAACAACUACAUUGUAUCUCUUUCCAAAGCUGAUUUCGCGCCAAACGGGAUUGACUUUGGUCAACCAACUGGAAGGUACACUAAUGGAAGAACCAUUGUUGACAUUAUAGGGCAAGAAAUAGGAUUAAGUGGAUUCACUCCACCAUUUUUGGCGCCAACCACAGGUGGAUUAACUGUUCUCCAAGGUGUUAACUUUGCUUCUGGUGGAGGUGGCAUUCUAAAUCACACUGGCAAAAUUUUUGGAGGGAGGAUAAACCUGGAUGCACAAAUGGACAACUUUGCAAAUACAAGGCAAGAAAUAAUAUCAAGAAUAGGUGAUGCUGCAUCAAAUAAUCUACUCCAAAAUGCUCUUUUCUCAAUCACAAUUGGCUCUAAUGAUUUCAUCAACAAUUACCUAACUCCUUGUCUUUCCAAACUCGACCAAAAACUCGUCCCUCCGGAACUUUUCGUCGCCGCCAUGAUUUCAAGAUUCCGACUUCAACUCACGAGGCUUUAUAGUAUGGGUAAGAAAAUAGUGUCGCGUUUUGAGAAUCCAAAUUCAGCCUGUUGUCAAGUUGCUGGUAGAUUUGGGGGCCUAAUUCCAUGUGGGCCCACAUCAAAAGUGUGCGAAGACCGGUCAAAGUACGUUUUUUGGGAUGCUUAUCACCCAACCGAUGCCGCUAAUGCUAUAAUCGCAAUGCGACUUAUAAAUGGCGAUUUGGCUGAUAUUUGGCCCAUCAAUAUUAAGCAGCUAAUGGCCCAAUCACAUAUGGGCUAA